UGCUCCCCUAUUUAAUCGCCACAUCACUCAUCAUCACUUGCUCUCUGCAUUAGCAGUAUUCACUACUACUGGUUAGUGACUGAGACUGAGAGUGGGUGUGCUGGGCGAGGAAGAUGGGGAAGGGAGGGAAAGGAACCGAGGGGGCGGCGGCGGCCGGAGCCGGCGAGGAGGAGAACAUGGCGGCGUGGCUGGUGGCGAAGAACACACUCAAGAUCAUGCCCUUCAAGCUUCCGCCAGUUGGGCCGUAUGAUGUCCGGGUCCGGAUGAAGGCAGUGGGGAUCUGCGGUAGCGACGUGCAUUACCUCAGGGAGAUGCGCAUUGCGCAUUUCGUGGUGAAUGAGCCGAUGGUGAUCGGGCACGAGUGCGCCGGCGUGGUCGAGGAAGUCGGCAGCGGCGUGAAGCACCUCGCCGUCGGCGACCGCGUGGCGCUGGAGCCCGGCAUCAGCUGCUGGCGCUGCAGGCACUGCAAGGGCGGCCGCUACAACCUCUGCGAGGACAUGAAGUUCUUCGCCACCCCUCCUGUCCAUGGAUCUCUCGCCAACCAGAUCGUGCACCCGGGCGACCUGUGCUUCAAGCUGCCGGAGAACGUGAGCCUGGAGGAGGGCGCCAUGUGCGAGCCGCUGAGCGUGGGCGUGCACGCGUGCCGGCGCGCCGACGUCGGGGCGGAGAAGCGGGUGCUGAUCAUGGGCGCGGGGCCGAUCGGGCUGGUGACCCUGCUGGCGGCGCGGGCGUUCGGCGCGGCGCGCGUGGUGAUCGUGGACGUGGACGAACACCGGCUGUCGGUGGCGACGUCGCUGGGCGCGGACGCCGCCGUGAGGGUGUCGACGAGGGCCGAGGACGUCGGCGACGAGGUGGAGAGGAUCAGGGCGGCGAUGGGCGGCGACAUCGACGUGAGCCUGGACUGCGCCGGGUUUAGCAAGACGAUGUCGACGGCGCUGGAGGCGACGCGCGCCGGCGGGAAGGUGUGCCUGGUGGGGAUGGGGCACAACGAGAUGACGGUGCCGCUGACGUCGGCGGCGAUCCGGGAGGUGGACGUGGUGGGGAUAUUCCGGUACAAGGAGACGUGGCCGCUGUGCCUGGAGUUCCUCCGCGCCGGCAAGAUCGACGUGAAGCCGCUGAUCACGCACCGCUUCGGGUUCUCGCAGGCGGAGGUGGAGGAGGCCUUCGAGGUCAGCGCCCGCGGCCGCGACGCCAUCAAGGUCAUGUUCAACCUGUGAGAACAACUCGCUCAAGAUGCACUCGAUCUUGUACCUCCCUCCCUUCCUCCGGCUCCGGUCACAAAUAAAAGGAGGUGCGGUUUGGAACGUGUCGUCGUCGUCGAUCGGUUUGUGAGCUCGGGCAAAUGUAUGUUUUGCUAGCUGCCGUGUCUGUCUCUGCUGGAAUAAAGGGCAGCGUUUAUGCCGGGGACUAA